AUGGCCGGACCCGUGCGACAGCCAAUCGACAUCCAAAAACUGAACAAGUAUGUCCAGGACCAUGUCCCUGAGAUCGCCACCCCGCUGGACGUGAAGCAGUUUGGCUUUGGACAAUCAAACCCUACAUAUCUCCUCACGUCUCCAGGAACCAGCCAAGGACAGGAAAGGCGCUAUGUCCUACGCAAGAAACCACCAGGCAAACUGCUCUCGAAAACAGCCCACCAGGUCGAGCGCGAGCACCGCAUCCUCCAUGCGCUGCGAGAUACAGACGUCCCCGUUCCAAAGGUGCACGUCCUCUGCGAAGACGCGACUGUUAUCGGGACGGCAUUCUAUAUCAUGGAGUUCCUAGACGGACGCGUCUUUACAGACCCUGGCAUGCCGGGGGUUACUUCACAAGAGAGGAACGAGAUGUGGCGCUCUGCAAUACACACCCUCUCAACCCUGCACAGCAUCCCCUACACCUCGCCAUCCCUAAACUUGUCCUCCUUCGGCAAACACUCGGGCUUCUACACGCGGCAAAUCCGCACCUUCACCUCUCUCGCGCACCACCAAGCCCUAACAAGGGACAUCGAAACCGGGAAUCCCAUCGGACCCCUUCCACACCUCGACGAGCUAAGCGCUUUUUUCAGCGACAACAACAACAGCAAGGAAAACAGUGGCCGUCCAAAGGACAGAACAACACUCGUCCACGGGGACUUUAAAAUCGACAACCUAAUCUUCCACAAAACCCUCCCCCACGUCAUCGGCGUCCUGGAUUGGGAAAUGGCUACGCUGGGACACCCGCUCUCGGACGUCGUUAGUCUCUUUGCGCCGUUUCUUCCGCAUACUUGGGGCGUGGAUGGUGCCGAGUCGAGUCUUAACCUGCGGAGUCCUUCACCACCUGCCAAUACCAAUACCAAUACCAAUACCCCUGGGGACCAAGAUCAGAGACGGGGGCUGCCAACAUUAGAUGAAUGCGUAUCGCUAUACGCGUCAGAAUCGGGGUACGAUGUCCGGCCGGAUUUAUCCUGGGGACGGGCCUUUGCCGGGUUUAGGGGCGCGGUGAUCAUGCAGGGGAUUGCGGCGCGGUAUGCGCUGCGCCAGGCGAGUAGUGCGUCGGCGAGGGAGUUUGGGGCGAUGGCUUGGCCGACGGCGGAGAAUGUUUGGGGGCUUGUGAGGGAGUUGAGAGAUGGAGCAGUAGUAAAAAAGGGGAGGUUGUGA